AUGUCAUCCUCACCUCCCUAUACGCUAGAAACUCCUGUACCAGACUCUCCGUCGGUUCGCCGAAGACGAUACCACUUUUCGACUCAAUGCGCUACAGUUGAGAACCCGGAACAAAAAGACCAAUAUGGGUCGAGCUCGGUCCCGAUCUAUCAAACCGCGACGUUUAAAGGAAUGGGCGGCGCGUACGAUUAUUCUCGGAGCGGCAAUCCUACACGAAGUCAUUUGGAACAUCACCUGGCAAAGAUUUCGAGUGCAAGGCAUGCGUUUGCUGUGUCCUCGGGAAUGGCGGCUUUGGAUAUUAUUACGCGAUUGCUCAAGCCCGGGGACGAGGUUAUUGCCGGAGAUGAUCUCUACGGGGGCACGAACCGACUCUUGAACUAUCUCAGAACUCACAGCGGAGUCGUUGUCCAUCACGUCGAUACCACUAAUCCCGAUUCUCUCCGUCCUGUACUAUCCGACAAAACGGCGUUGGUACUACUCGAGUCUCCUACCAACCCUUUGCUCAAGAUUGCCGACCUUGCUUACCUCGCCUCGAGCGUGACGGCACAGAACCCGAAUGCGCUCGUGGUGGUCGACAACACGAUGAUGAGCCCGUACCUGCAACGCCCACUCGAGCACGGAGCCCAUAUCGUAUACGACAGUGGCACCAAGUACCUCUCUGGCCACCACGACCUCAUGGCCGGCGUAAUCGUGUGUAACCGCGACGACAUUGCCAAGCAGAUCGCAUUUACAAUUAAUUCGGUCGGAAACGCCCUGGCUCCCGUUGACGCGUUCUUGCUCCUCCGGGGCAUCAAAACACUUGCCAUCCGUAUGGACAGACAGCAAGCCACCGCUCGUCUCGUCGCUUCCCACCUCCAGCGCCUAGGGUUCCAAGUAUUUUACCCUGGGCUGGCCGACCACCCCAACCGUAUUAUUCAUGAAAAAAUCGCCAGUGGGCCAGGCGCGGUUCUAAGCUUUGUAACGGGCGACAAGUCUCUUAGCGAACGGAUCGUCGGCGCUACUCGUCUGUGGGGAAUCAGCGUCUCGUUUGGUGCCGUGAAUUCGCUCAUUAGCAUGCCGUGUCUCAUGUCCCAUGCGUCCAUCGACUCGGCUACGCGAGCCGCUCGAGGCUUGCCCGAGGAUUUGAUCCGACUAUGCGUAGGAAUCGAAGACCCAACGGAUUUAAUCGACGAUCUCGACGAAGCAUUAUUAGAUGCUGGGGCAGUCGUGAGGGACAGCGUAGGGAACUAUGUCAGAGUGCGGAAUGGUGAAAAGGGGAUGAUCGGGCGCGCAGUAGAAAAACUCGGUCAGGCCGUCGAGGGAAUUGGACUUACGACGGGUCUGGAGCCUAACCCGGCCGAGCGACCUUGGUUGGUUAGUGCACCCGGCAAGGUGAUCCUGUUUGGAGAACAUGCAGUUGUCCAUGGAGUGACUGCGAUCGCCGCCUCGGUUGACCUACGGUGCUAUGCGUUCUCGACACCUCUUCCGCCUUCAUCACACACCAUCUCCCUUACCCUCUCCGAUCUCGACUCUAAAGCUAUCUCGUGGGAUACACAAACUCUUCCUUGGGAAGCCGCUACCACUCUCUCAGCAACUCCAACCCCCUUUACACUCGAUGCGAAACUUGUAGCAGCGCUGGAAGGAAUUUUAGAUAAACAGGGCGUACAGGGACGCCUGCGAAAUGCCAGCUUGGCGUUCCUCUACUUGUACAUGUCCAUGAGCGGGGACAUCAGGCCGACAUGCUCAAUAACCACCCGUUCUGCACUUCCUAUCGGCGCAGGGCUCGGCUCUUCGGCAUCAUAUAGUACGACCAUCUCUCUUUUACUCUUGCUCCUCACAUCUCGCCUCUCGUUGCCCUCGGAGCCUGCCCCGACAUCCGACUCGCACUUGCACAUUUCCCAUGCUGGUCGACGAGCCUUGACGCAGGGUUUCGCGGCCGAAGUCAACGCAUGGGCAUUCAUUGCCGAGACGGUCCUACAUGGGAAUCCAAGCGGGGUGGACAAUACCGUUGCUGUCUUUGGUGGAGGACUUGGUUUUACGAGGGAUGGAUUCGGAGAGAGGAAAGGCGUGGAACUUAUCCCUGCCUUCAAGAGCAUUCGAUUCCUUCUCACAGACUCCCAAGUCCCACGAGAUACCAAAAAAUUAGUUGCUGGCGUCGGACAGAUGAAAGCCGACCGACCGGCGCUUGUUACAGAGAUCUUGAAUCGUAUCCAGGCGAUUAGCGAUGAGGCUCAGCGGGCACUUGGGGACCCCGAACUGGAGAGGGGGAAGAUGUUGGCUGGAAUCGAGGCGCUCAUGGAUGAGAACCAUGGGCAUCUCGUCACGCUCGGUGUCUCGCAUCCCGUUUUGGAGCAAAUCAAGAAUAUCACUGCUAAGCAUGAGUACGGACUACAUACCAAGUUGACUGGCGCAGGAGGGGGCGGGUGCGCAGUAACAUUAAUUCCGGAUGACUUUUCCGAAUCUAAAAUGACCUCUCUCAUAAACGACCUCCGCUCGGCAGGAUUCGUUCCUUACAACACGGCAGUUGGAGGAUCCGGACUGGGAGUAUUCCAUCCUCAUGCUGCACAAGGUCGACCUGGCCCCGCCGAGCAAACGUCAGAAGCAGGCGAGUCGUUUUCAAAGGUUGAGACUGGGGACCUUGCUGCGUGGGCCGAGGGAGUGGGCCGGUGGUUGUAUGUCUAG